CCCUCAGAACCUAUAACCUUGCGCCGAGCGCGGGCUGCAGGAGCACGCAGAAGCGACCAUGAGGGCGGUGCUGCAGCGCGUCGUCUCUGCCCGCGUCGAGGUCGAGGGCCGCAUCGUGUCGCAGAUAGGCCCGGGUCUGCUGGUGCUCGUGGGCGUUCUCGAAUCCGAUACGGACGUCGAUGCCGAGUACAUGUGCAGAAAAAUUCUGAAUACGAAAAUCUUCACGAAUGACGACAGCGGGAAAGCGUGGGAUCAAAACGUCAUGCAAAAGGGUUACGAAGUGCUACUAGUCAGCCAGUUCACACUCUACGGACAGCUGAAAGGCAACAAACUGGACUUCCACGUCGCAAUGCCACCCGAACGAGCCAAACCUUUCUACGAAUCGUUCGUUGCACGUGUUGCCAAAGCGUACGAGGACGAUCGUGUCAAAGACGGUGUUUUCGGAGCCAUGAUGCAGGUACAUUUAGUGAACGAUGGGCCGGUAACCAUUCAGCUCGAGUCCCGGAAGAAGACCUCCAUGCAGCUGGACCAGAGGUGCAAUGGAAUUGUAGGCGACCGUGAAAGAUGUCACGCUCGAGUAGGACUUCCGUGUUCAAGAUUAAAGUUAGGCCCAACGUGGACAUCGAGAGCGUUUAUCGGUAGAGGCUCUGGUCGCGCAUCGACGACGACGACGACAGAGGCACACCCUGUUGGCAACAUGGUGGACUUAAGUAGAAUGCUUCGAAUCCCGGUCGGACCAUUCACUCGCAUCAGCGUCCGCUGCAUGGUGCCCUGCACGAUUUGGUGACAGGCGAGAAGUUGGUGCCGAUUUCCGCAUUGUCCUCAGAAGCCAUGUUCAUUUUUUAUUCCCCAACCGAGUGACAAUAAAAUUGUGUCGACUUUCGUUCCUUCAAAUCCGUGGAUGCAGAGAUUCUAUCCUUGCUAGGCGAUGGGCUUUGCACAUAAGCCGUUAUCC